AUGUCCCGGUCUCUGCUCGCUCUCAUAUCAAUCGCGUUGCUCGCUCUGAAGGUCGCCGCCUCCGACUACUAUGAACGACUCACAUUGACCCCCUUGCCCCUCGGGUCCCUCCUCGCCUCAUUCGACUUCCGCAGCAAUGAGAGUAUCGCAGCCUACGAGGCUCAGAACUUCAGAUACUUCCCUCGCUCGUUAGGACAGGCGUUGCGGCAUGCAGACACAAAAGAACUACAUCUGAGGUUUACAACGGGGCGAUGGGACCCAGAGACCUGGGGAGCCCGACCAUGGGACGGCACGAGAGAGGGCGGUACAGGUGUGGAGCUCUGGGCUUGGAUCGACGCGGAUACAGAGGAUGAAGCAUUUACCAAGUGGACGACGCUGGCACAAUCUUUGUCGGGGUUAUUUUGCGCCUCGUUAAACUUCAUUGACUCGACGAGGACCACCAAGCCGGUCUUGUCGUUCCAACCGUCAGGGACUUAUUCCAAUGCGAGCCAGAAUCUUCAUCUUUUGCACGGUGUGCUUCCUGGUGAAGUGGUCUGCACGGAGAACUUGACCCCAUUCUUGAAACUAUUGCCAUGCAAGGGCAAGGCAGGAAUAUCGAGCCUUCUCGACGGCCACAAAGUAUUUGACGCCUCGUGGCAGAGCAUGGCCAUCGAUGUCCGCCCGAAGUGCUCAGCCAGCGCCACUGACUGUCAAUUCGAAAUUGCCCAGACCAUAGACGUGGUUCUCGACAUCGAACGAUCCAAACGGCCACGGGAUAAUCCGAUCCCACGACCGAUCCCGCAAGAACAGCUCGUUUGCGAUGAAUCCAAACCCUACCACUCCCACGACACCUGCUACCCGCGAGACAUGGUGGACGAAGCAUCUUGGUCCCUCAAGGACAUCUUCGGGCGCACGAUGGCGGGGACGUGUCCGCUCACCGACGACGACGAGGAAGACGCACAACCAAUAUGCCUCAACGUUCCACACGACCGGAUGGUCCUCGUCAGCCACAGUGGCUUCGAAGUCAAGUCGCAGCCCGGCCCGAAUGAGCAUCGCUGCUACUCAAUCAUGCCCUUUGAAGAAUUCGACCUCGAAGCACCUAAGCAACCUCGCCUCUCCAAAACUCACCGUCUCGGCCACGAACUCCUCCGAGCAGAGAGGACCAUGACAGGCCACGGCGCCGCUCACGGCGGAAUGCGCACCAUCUUCACGAACCCGUCGUCCUCGGAAGCCGUCACAUUCGUCUACUUCGAGACCCUCCCCUGGUUCAUGCGGCCCUACAUGCACACCCUCACCGCGCAAAUCGUAUCCAAGCCGAACGAUCCCUCCUCCAGCCUCUCUGCAACCCCAUCAGAUGCCGCCAAACAGCUCAUAAAAGACAUGUACUACUCCCCCGCGGUCGACCGCCACCGACCCACCCACCUCGAACUCCUCGUGACCGUACCGCCCCUCACGACCAUCUCCCUGACUUAUGCGUUCGAGAAAUCAAUCCUCCGCUACACCGAAUACCCGCCCGACGCGAACCGCGGGUUCAACAUCCCCGCCGCGGUGAUCCGCAUUCUCACACCCGCCCUGCACGACCCAGCAGGCGGUCACACGCGAGACGUCUACCUCCGCACGACGAGCCUGCUGCUCCCGCUCCCGACGCCCGACUUCUCCAUGCCGUAUAAUGUCAUCAUCCUGACCAGCACGGUCAUGGCCCUCGCCUUUGGGAGUAUCUACAAUCUCCUGGUGCGGAGGUUCGUCGCCGUCGAGGAAGUGCCCGAGGGGAAACUGGGCGCUGGGAUCAAGAAACUCAGGCACGCGCUAGUCAAGCUGAAGGAUACUUUGAAGGGCAAGAAGGAGCGAAAGGUCGAGUAA